AUGUCAAUUGUCGAAGCUGAGAAAUUACGUGUGUUUCAAUCCUUACCGACAAUUGGCAAAAAUCUUGGCGCUGAAGAAUGUCAGAAGACUCUAGCCCCUAUGUUAAGCGAUCUUGUGCAAAAGGCCAUCGGUGCAGGUGACGACGAAGUUCUCAUGGUGAUUUCACAGAAACUCCCUGAUUUAGCAGAAGUUCUUGUGCCUGUGGGUGAAGGCGCAAGCUCUCUUAUUCCAAUAAUUUCAGAUAUCUUGGUCUUCGUGGAGGAGAUUGUCGUUGCCCAGACAGCCGCUGAUGCUUUCUGCGCCAUUUUGCCACAUUUGUCAGCCGAUCAGAUCGACAAAAAGGCACUUCCUCUCAUACGUAAACUGCAAGAGGAUGAUCUGUUUUGUGCGUCGAAGAAGGUCGUCAGCAAGAUGAUCAUCUCCUGUUACCCCCUGGUGCCGCCCAAAGUGCGCUCCGAACUCAAAUGGUUUUUAACCUCCGGUCUUCUGGGCAUGACGCUGGCACUGCGACCGGCCCGAGUGUCUACGAUUGGACAGAUCGGGACACCAUUUGCUCUCCCCGGAUCGCCUCCAAACCACACUGCAGCACACGAAGAUGCUGCCAACGCACGUCGUGUUGCAAGUGCGCCUGCUUCGCGGCGACAUCAGGCGCAGUACGUCGCAAGGACACCGCGCCUAAUCCACCUGCUGGCCAUCGUUUUAAUAAAUAAUGAGUCACGUGUCGUGGCCUGGCACUGCACACCAGCUUAG